GCCAGGCGGGUACAUAUAAUCCUCUCCAGGGGCAGGAUGAUGCCACAGACUGUAGAGCCUGCCCAGCAGGUAGAGUUUGUACCCAGGCUGGCUUGCCCCAGCCAGACUCGGAGUGCAUGGCUGGUUAUGUGUGUCCGGUGGGGUCUUCCAGCCCUCAUGCUCGCAGCAACGCCUGCCCUCCAGGCACAUUCAGCAACCAUCUCCAUCUUUUUGAUAAGUCUCAGUGUGAAACAUGUCCUGCCAGAUUCGUCUGUACGAGAGGAACAGGGGGGAAGCAGAAGCCCCCUGUCCCAUGUCCAGUUGGUCACUACUGCCCCCCAGGCACAAAAUAUCCAGCUCAAUACAAGUGUGCCCCAGGCACCUGGAGCAAUAGGACAAGCCUGGCAUCAGAGGAGGAGUGUUUGCCCUGUCCUGCAGGCUGGUUUUGUGUGGCAGGAGCUCAUGUGCCUUCAGGGAGAUGCAGCCCUGGACAUUACUGCCCAGAUGGUACACGGACAAGCACCCAGUUCCCCUGUCCUGCGGGAACCUACAGUACCAGGCUGGGAAAUGGCCGAGUGGAAGACUGCAUUGCCUGCCCCGUGGGAUCCUACUGCACAGAUGGGACCUCCAAGCCAACUCUAUGCCCAGUAGGAACUUACCGCAAGGAGCAAGGAGCAAAGGUGUCUGAAGACUGCGUCCCCUGCCCUGGAGGAUACCACUGCCCUGAGCUUGGCACUGUGGCUCCCCAAGCGUGUGGUGCUGGCAGAUUUUCAGACCCAGGCUCUGCCUCCUGCUUGUCCUGUCUCGUUGGACAUUACUGUGCUGAUGAAAUCACCAGCAGGGAGGCCAUGCUGCUUGCUAUGGUUUGCCCUGCAGGCCUGCUGUGCCCCGAAGGACAGGCAGUCGCUCCAGAUGCCAACGGAAAUGCCUGCCCAAGAGGAUACUACUGUCCCCGGGGUGACAUUGUAAGGGGAUCUGUUUGGUUAUUGUUAUUCACCAUUCUCUCAUCUUCUGGGCUUUGCUUUUGGGAAGCUAGAGUGGAGUCAGUCUUGCUGCUGGAGUCCUUACCAGCUCUAGGCUGUUUGAUCUUUUUACUCUGGUUUCCAUGAUUUCCUGGUGUUCAGAGAGCUUGGUGUUUGCCAUAAUGUUGGGCAUCUUUACUUUUCUCUCUGACUUCUUUCUUACCU